AUGGAUACAAAACUUAUGCUAUCUGAAACUGGAUUUGAGGAGUGGAUGGAUGGAUCGAUUAAUAUUAAAGAGAUCCCAAAAAAUAAUGACAUUUUUCAUCAAUAUGAUAAGUUCGAAAAUUUUGAAGUUAUUGGAAAUGGAUCACGAGGAGUUAUCCAAAAAGCUUUUUCUGUAACUUAUCAAAAAAAUGUAGUAUUAAAAGAAAUAUCACAAUCUCAGAAUUACUCUCUAAGGGAACUUAUUAAUGAUGUUGAAAAAUAUCAAAAAAUAGAUAACCACGAUAAUAUUUUAAAAUUAUUUGGUUUAACAACACAAGACAAGUACAUGCUGAUAUUUGAGUAUGCAGAUAAUGGUUCUCUACGAAACUAUUUAAAAAAUCAUUUUGAUACAUUAAAUUGGAAUGAUAAACUUCGCUUAGCAAAGCAACUAGCAAGUGCUGUAAUGCAUUUGCAUUCAAAUAAUGUAAUUCAUGGAAACAUG